AUGCACCUACCACGUGGUGGGUGCGAGGCCAUUGCCAUUGCCAUUGCCAUCGCCAUCGCCAUCGCCAUCGCCGUCGAUGCGAACGAGAUGGCCCAGCAACAACCACAAGAACAACCACCAAAACAACCACAAGAACAACAGCCACCGAGACACAAACAACAACAACAACAACAACAACCGCCACUCGGGCAACAGCAAUAG